UGGUUACUGGUUCCUACUCCUCGCUCCUGCUUUUGGCUCUGGAAAAUUCCAGAUGAGGCCAAGCUGCAUGCCACACAGGACGCACUUACCCGCACACAUACAGACCCUCCACGCUUCAUACUCCACACACUUGUACACGUAGGCACUUCCGGAAUGUAAUGGAUGGCCCCGGACUUGACUUGGCUUGACUUUUGGCUCUCGACUCUCCUCCGGUGGCUCUGGGCUCCGGGAUCGUGGGGCAUGGAGCAUGGAAGACUUGACUUGGACGCUUCAGAUUCGUCGACGGACUAUGCGGGCAGUGCUGUGCGGAUGUUAUGGACAUCAUCAGCAGCAGAGGACAACAAGCGAAGACAGACUCAGGACCAGGGACAGAGACAGGACCAACAAUUGGCUACGAAGAGCAAGUCUACGGCAGGAUGUCUCUCGAUGGAGUCGGGCAAGGUUUUAAGGCAGUUUCAGAGGACACCAAGAAUAAGGGCUUAAAUUUUCGCUCACAGUGAGCCAGCGGUCGCAAUGGAAAGUGGAUUUUGUUUCGGCUCUGAUGCUGGCGCUGGAACUGGCGUUGUCAACUGAAAUGCUCGCUGGAACGCAAUGAAAUUCCUAAAUCAAUAAAAGUUUCG